AGUAUAAUCAUUAACAGAAGCAAUGAGCUCUCGAGUGUUUCAUUCCAGAGAGCAAGACCAAAUCGGCUGGAUCACAAGGACAACAGAAGCCUAGACAUCUCUUUCUGUCCAAAUAACCACCAAAAACAUGAGUUUUAGAGUAAAAAGGCUGUGCUACAGAAUACAUACCAUGUUGAAUAAUGAGAAUGGACCUAACAGGCACAUUUACAGCUGGAAACCACAUUCUGUCGGAGGCACUCAACCUUGUUUCGGUCACCCUGGGAGAUGUAACAACAGCAAGGCCUGGCAUCUGAGCUCCAGACCCCAGCGCUGGAGAAAUACGGCACCAUCAUAUUACUUCUGUUUUGUGAAACAAGCUGUCCUGUGGAACAGAGGACAGCAUCACACGGUAAUCAAACGUGAGAAAUGCCCUCCACCCUUGUGUUCUCGUUUUCAUGCUCAUAUGGAGGCCUGGCCUGACCAUUUCAGAAACCCACAUUUCCUAAACAUGAUUCCCAGACCAGGGCCUAAUCAUCUGGGGCAAAAACAACGACAGCAGAGUGCUCCACAACCUCAAAGAUCUCCAGAUGUCAGGAGGAACCAAAAUGUGGAUCAUUCCAACAGGAGUCAAUUCAGUGUGGUUCUACCACAUGUACCUGGAUGCCCUAAUCCAAGUAGAGCUUCUCCAGAACCCCCAUCAAGUCCUUCUCUGACGCUCAAGAUUGUUGAUCACCCUCAGAAAUCCCAAACCUCCAAUCCACACUUACAACUUAAAGAUGAGGAAGAGGAUGCAUGCUCUGCUCCACAAAAUCUGAAUCAAGGGCACCAUGAAAUGGGUGAAGAGGAGACAAUGACCCCAACAACUCUGUCCACCCCGACAACCCCAAGCAUCCCAGCCACCCCAGCUACUCCUGGCACCCAAAGUACUCCAAGUAGCCCAGUCACUCCAGGCACACCAAGUUCAUCUGUGACCCCAAAUUCUCUUUCUGAUUUUAGUGGGCCUUCAUCAAGCCAGUUCAGCCGUAGCACUGACCUGAACAGUAGCUUCUCAGAUGCCCUGUCAGUGAACUCCAGCAUUGACCAUUGUGAAGACAACAACACAGAUGAUGAGGAUAACCAUGCUUCUGACCUUGAGCAGAAUAAUUAUUAUCAAGAGGGCUGCUCUACUUCUCUCCCCGAGCUUCACUUUAGCUCUGCAGGAAGUUACAGUCAGGCCAGCUCACGAAUGGAUGCCCUUCAAGCACAUCUCUCUAGAUCUCUCACCUCCUGCAAACAAGAAACACCUUCCACGUGCUUGCCAGACACUCCAAUUUACACCUCCAAAACCCCUCAGUCUCAGCAAAGCCCAGCAACCCAACAAUCCACAUUUGGAACCCUGCACAGACACCCAGGAUCCAGCCAAUCUGGCUUGAGCAUUCAGUCACAAAAAUGCUCAAAUGCUAAAUGCUCAACAGCGGAUAGUCGAUCAGAAUGGAACCUCUGGCCUGUGCUUCCUCCCAUCAUGCCACAGCAAGAUGAACUGCAAGAUGAGAGCUUACUGGGAGGGACCCCUGACUCCUUGUCCGACAGGUCACAGUCUGAUAUCUUUGCUGAGCUGGAUGAUCUGGCCCCUCGCUCAAGUUCCUGUGUGUCUCCAGACCACCCAGCCGGGAGUCAAACUGACCGAUCCUCACCUACCACAGAUCUGAGUCCUGGACUUGCGGCACUGACUGUAGGAUGUGAUUCGGGUGAUCUGGGAUCUUUGUCCCGUGUGCAGCUCCUGCUAUUGGAGCGAAGAGGAUCCGAGAGUCCAGGUUCCAUCCCAAGUCUCGAAUGGUGUCGAACUCCGGACGGGGAGGAAUAUGAACCUGGCCUUAGAGUCUGGAGCUCGGGCAUUUCCCAAUAUUAUCAGUCCACAGUCCCCGACAACCGCAAACCAUUAAGUGGCAGAAACAGCAGCCAAGAUUCUUUGGCAGCUUUCAAGGGACGCAGAAAGUGCCCCGGGCUCAUCAGUGUUGGGAGUGUAUCAAGGACAUCAUCCUGUUGUUCUCUCAGCCCGAGGGUGUCUGAGAGCAGCUCAAGGAACCCAGAAGAAAAAACCACCUGUGAUGACCGAGGUUGUGAAUCCCCAGAUGACAUUGCCCCGCUCUAUUUGUCACCCCUCUCUCCCAGUGCUUUGCUGACAGAAAGCCCAACAAACGGGGGACCAUACUGGUCUCACAACGCGGAACCAGUGACCAUGCUGAAAAGCAAAGAAACAGGUCCGACAGACUUCAAGAGAAGAGGAAGAGGAAGAAGGAGAUGAAGAAGACAGAGGAGAGGAAGAAUAAAGCCCUGCAGAUUUACUCCAAACUUCAGGAUGGAAAAGACCCAACAGAGCCCACUCAUCAGAGCCCUUGCUCUAAGUUUGAGGACUUUGAUUUUCUGGCAAAGUACUGUAUCCUCAGUCAGGACAAGCUUUCCAUGUACAAAAGAGCUUUUGAGGCC